AUGGACCACCUUUCGUCUUUCGGGAACGACCCGUUUGAUAAGCCGCCGUGCAGAGGCUGCUCGACGUACCUCGCCGAGCCUUACAUCAAGUGUGCAGAAUGCGGACCUUCACCUUUCCUUCUGUGCCUCCAGUGUUUCACCAGAGGCUUCGAAUACAAGAAACAUCAGAGUGAUCACAAGUAUGAAAUCAUGACGUCAGACUUUCCCGUCCUUGAGACCGGCUGGUCGGCGCAGGAGGAAAUGGCUCUGCUGGAGGCUGUAAUGGACUGCGGCUUCGGGAACUGGCAGGACGUGGCCUACCAGAUGCGUAGCAAAAGCAAGGAGGAGUGUGAGAGUCACUACAUGAAGAAUUUCAUCAACAAUCCUCUCUUCUCCUCCACGCUGCUCAGCCUGCGAAAAACCAAAGACGCUCGUUUUGCUGACGGCGCCAUUCCUUUCAAACCGAGCGAAGACCCUCCUCGCCCCACGUUUGACUCGGUGCUGUCCAGGGACAUGGCGGGAUACAUGCCAGCCAGAGCUGACUUCAUGGAGGAGUUUGACAACUAUGCCGAAUGGGAUCUGAAAGACAUCGACUUUGUGGAUGAUGACUCAGACGUCCUGCGUGCACUCAAACUGGCUGUGGUGGAUAUUUACCAUUCAAGAUUAAAGGAGCGACAACGCAGGAAGAAAAUUAUUCGCGAUCACGGACUCAUCAACAUGCGAAAAUUCCAAAUUCUGGAGCACUGCUACCCGAAAGAGGUUCAAGAACUCUACGAACUCAUGAGACGAUUUGCCAGAGUCACAGGACCCCUCGAACACGACAAAUUUAUCGAGAGUCACACGUUGGAGUUUGAGCUCCGGCGGGAGAUCCGAAGGCUGCAGGAGUAUCGCACGGCGGGCAUCAAGUCUUUCUACAGUGCCAAAGUGUACGACCGCACAAAACGUCUGCGCGAGGACGAGCGGCGUAAGAGGACCGUGUUGUGCGACGUGCUGCAGUACAUCCAUGACGGGCGAGCGUGCCAGCAGUGGCUCAGCAAGCAGGCCGCCAUAGACGCCGGAAUCACACCGGCUGUCACGACAAUCACAACAUCAGCAACAGGCAGAAGGAGCGCACCCCCUCUCAACCUGACUGGACUGCCUGGUACAGAGAAGCUCAACGAGCGAGAGAAAGAGCUGUGUCAGGUGGUGCGUCUGGUGCCCGGCGCGUAUUUGGAAUACAAGCAGGCGCUGCUGAACGAAUGCCGUCGCCAAGGUGGCCUUCGUCUAGCGCAGGCACGAGCGCUCAUCAAGAUCGACGUCAACAAAACGCGCAAGAUCUACGACUUUCUCAUCCGGGAAGGAAGCAUCACCAAGGCCUAG